AUGGGACUCCUUGCGAAGGUGGCACUUUUCGUGCUGGCCAUCUCCUUCACCGUGUUUGUAGCCUUCUUUGGCAGACUCCCGGCUCUGAGGCAUACGCCCAUUGCAACAUUGCACCGGAUUAUGUGGAUCCAUAUUCCGAAUAGCUUCUUAGCCCUCGACAGACUGUUGACCGGAGGGAGGUUCUCGAGCUCCAUGCUGCGUUUUGGAAACUACAUGCUGCAUGAUCGCCACCCGACUGUUGUUAUCUUUUUCCUACUCAUACUCUCCGUCUCGGAGUACCUAUAUCUUCCUGGCGCAUGGCCACAGCUUGGGCUAUUCCAUAAAGUUGCCGGCUGUACCAGCAUCUUCCUACCUUACUUCUUUCUUUACAAGUCGGUGAUGGCCGAUCCGGGUUACAUCACGCAUGAGAACCAUUCUUACUACAUGUCGCUUUACCCGUACGACUACUCCAUCUUCUUUCCAGGUCAAAAGUGUAGCACCUGCGGCUUUCUUAAACCGCCCCGGUCCAAACACUGCAGCAUCUGCAAGCGUUGCGUGGCAAAGCUCGACCACCACUGCAUAUUCAUCAACGGCUGCGUGGGCUAUAAGAAUCAACACUACUUCAUACUUCUCCUCGUAUCCACGGCACUCCUCUGCUCAUACGGCGCCCUGCUCGGGUUCUCUCUCCUGACCACCAAGAUUGCAGGCGAGUAUCCCAACUGGACUAUUUGGCCGCCAAAGGAUAUGACCAUCAAAGAGUACCUGCUCAUAUGGAACUGGGCGCUCGUGGACAACAACGUCGGCAUGGGGGCAGUCACGCUUUUGGCCGCCAUGACUUCACCUCUGGUAUGGGGUCUGCUGGGCUACACCUUGUGGCUUGUCUAUACCGGUACCACGACCAACGAGUCGCUGAAGUGGUCCGAUUGGAAGGCCGAAAUGGACGACGGCUGCGCAUUCAAGCGCAGGAUGCCCGACGAUCGUCUGAAAGACACGCGCUUCGAGCCCCAGCGGACGCGUUGGCCGCUCGACACCCAGCAAGUCCUGGCGAGGACGGACGACGGCAUGUCUCCUCCCUCGAAUGGGCCUGGAGAAGGGGAAUGGGAGCGCGUAUGGCAUCUGAAGGAUGUUGAGAAUCUGUAUGAUCUAGGGCUGUGGGAUAAUCUGGCGGAUAUCUUUGUGCCGAACUACAACUUCAACGUCAGGAGGGAUCAGCCGUCCGUUGAGGCUGUUGGACGGCAAAGACAUGCGCCGAAAGCAUCACCUAUCUAG